GACAUUGGAAUUCACCAAAGCGCCAAAUAACUGUUCACAGUCUGUUCGUUCUUGCUAAUGCAAGUAAAUAUUUACGACGAUUUAGAUAUAUAAUAAAAUCUCAUUAUAUACCACCAUAGCGUAUGUAAGAUAUUCUAUUCAUUAUUACAAUUGUAUGAAAAGAUAUACUAUCGGAUGAUAAAAAAGGAAAUAACCAAAAAGAAAAUUUUGAUCGUAUAUCGUAUUUUCGAUCUUAUUAAAAAUAAUUCGAGCAUGGGCAAGUGGAAAUAAUCAUCAGGCUGAUGUGUCAAUGUGAUCUCUAAAACCAUAUCUGCGUAUUUCGGGUUUUGAUUCACGGUCAUAUGUCGAUCAUAUGUUAUGUCUGCUACCACCACCAGCACUGUCAGCGGUUUAUGCAAAUACAUGUCAACACGCAAUCAGAGGUGGUUCUCAGUAGCGCGAAUAGUAGUGUGUUAGUAAGUUAAUUUUCUCGAUUUCGAAAAUCACACUAAUCAGAAGCAAACGACGCGUUGGUAUUGGAACGUCCGUUAUCAGAGACAAUUGGAUGUAUGAAAUAUCGACAUUAAUCUCCUGAUUAUGGUUACGGGAUUAACGUCGAGAACUUGCUGAAGGCAAGUAAGUGAAAAUUUCAUACGUAAACACCGAACUCGAUGUUAAAUUACUUAUGCUGUCAGUAAGCUGUUGAAUGAUAUUUCGACUAGAAAGGAAUUCUGAGUUCCGAGGGUAUCGACGAGAAUGAGAUAACUAAAUUGAUAGCGAUGUUGGUAGCAAUUCAACUUGUGUAAAUACAAGAUACGGGUGUAAUCAUGAGUGUAUCGUAGCUCGAGUACGGUUCCAUGGUUGUAUAUUCAGUGAGAAAACGAAAAGAUGUGUGGAGUAUGGCUAAUUAUUUGUACAUGAUAUGUCAUGUGAUAAGAUCAGUAGCAUAAGCAGGAAAGACCUGCUAUGACUCAUUUUGUGAAAUAAGAUUGGUAUCAUGUAAGGUGACAUAGAAGGAUAACACCGUAUGGUUUAUUUAAAUAGAUACCAAAAGAAAGAAUAACAAAUUGCAGCCAUGGGUUCCAUCGCUUUAGAGGAGUAUGAGUUGAUGAAGGAUUCAAAGUAUCGGGUAUACGUAUCCGCUGUUGACAAAGCACUGAAAAGCUUUGAAUACACUAGUGAAUGGGCAGAUCUAAUCUCUGCGUUAGGCAAGCUCAAUAAGGUGUUACUGAGUCAUAUGAAGUUUCCUGUCAUUCCAAGAAGAAUCAAAAUAUCGAAGAGACUAGCCCAAUGCAUGCAUCCGGCAUUACCUUCUGGUGUUCAUUUGAAAGCCUUAGAGACGUAUGACAUUAUUUUUAAGUGCAUGGGCACUAAUAGACUCAGUCAUGAACUUUUUAUUUAUAGUGCAGGUCUUUUCCCAUUAUUGGGUCAUGCUGCUAUGAAUGUGAGACCAUCAUUAUUAACAGUGUACGAGACACACUUCGUGCCACUCGGCGAAAGGUUGAGGCCUGGAUUGAGCGGCUUUUUAAGCGGCGUUCUGUUAGGUUUGGAAGAUGGAUCUGAUCAUUUCGACAGAACCAAUUCCUUAUUGGAGAAAGUAUGCGAAGGUGUGGGUGCGCAACAUUUUUAUGCAUGCCUCUGGGACUGCUUAGCUUCGAAUUCCAGUAUCCGAUUACCUGCUAUAUCUUUCGUGCUGGCUCACUUUAAUAAAAAACUGCUGAUGGAGGAACAAAAAUACAUUAUGGGUACUAAUAUUAAAAUCAUGGUUUCAGCGCUGUGUGCUAGUGUACAAGACACUUCAGUACUGGUGCAGAGAAGUGCACUGGAUUUUCUAUUAAUAGGCUUUCCUAUACACAACAGUCAAUUGACGCAUCAAGAUAUGAUAUCAUUAAUUAAAGCUGCUUUGGUUACCAUACUGCGCAGAGAUAUGAGUUUAAACAGACGGCUGUUUGCUUGGUUAUUGGGUACUGAAGUAAACACGUCAAUUUUAAAGAAAAAGAGUCAUGCGACUACUGAUUCCAAGGAGGAUUCUGUAACAUACUUUGAUACGUAUUCGAAAGAAAUGCUAGUCGAAGCGAUAAAAUAUCUGCUUAAAGAAGUGUGUGAAGAAAACUCGCAGGAUCUCAGACCGUAUAGAAUACUCGUUUCAUUACUCGAUAAAGUGGAUAUUGGUCCAGUAAUUUUGGAUGACAUUCUGUUUGAAGUAUUUAGGACAUUUUAUAAUGCCUGUAAACAGUCUUUGUCGAGUCACAUGUUGAAAGCAAAUGAAGUGGUGAAAUCUGCGAACUUGCUGUUCUCGACUUUGGAGCCGUCGUACAUUUGGACGCACUGUGGUCAUCUGUUUGAAAAAGCCUGCAACACGAAGAUGCAGACGCAAGAUGCAACGGAAGAGAUUGUUGUAAGACCGAUUGGUAGUGGAAUGCCGAAUUUAGUGGAAGUAUGCAUAUUGACAGAAUUCUUGCUCGAGACCGUGUCAUUGGACGCGUUCAUAGAUACUCCAUCCGAACAUCUGCCUGGUUUGUUCUAUGAAAUAACUAGUAAACUUUUGCAUCACAUUAGUAUCCUGUCGUCAAUGGAGAUUUCAAAAAGUCUCAAAUUGUGUGCCAAGAUUUUGUCGAAAGUACAACCGGCAGUGAUAACGGCUCACCAGCCGGACAAAUGCGAAGCGGACGUCAGGACGGACACAUCUCUGAAUAAUAUUACGGUUCCUAGUGAUAAUUCUUUGAUUGUGAUUCCUUUGGAGAAGAGCCAAUCGGACAGUAAAUUGAAUAAGCCUGACAUAUCUAGCAUUUCCUUCGUGGAGAAAAGUCCGAGCACGAGGAGACGAGCCAAUUCUGGCGGUGCCGUGAAAAGAAGCGAGAAGAAAUCGAAGAAGAAGGGGAGUAAGAACAAGUUGAGCGAUGCCUACACUAUACAGGCUGACGGUAGCAACAUAUCGGUUGUUGUGAGCGAGGACGUGAAAUCCUUACCUAGGAAUAAGAGUAUGGACGACAUUAAGGCAAGCUGUGUCGAGAGUUGUGCAGUAAGCCCUUCGCCAAAGAAUCAACUGUCUACGCUAAAACGCUUAAACGUCAGUCCAACGGGAUCAACGGGAUCUUUAUACAGGGGACCAUCCCCGGCGUUUCAGGCGCAGCACUCCAUGUUGGAGAAGUGUCUCCGUCAAUACGAAAUGUUCUACGUUAAGUUAAUUAGCAGUCGGAUACUGAGCAAGGAACGAACGGUGCAGGACAUGUUCGACCGCCUGAUGGUGUCCUGCACGAGGAAGAGUUUUGACGAAAGAAUGCGUUCCUUGGAGUAUCUGCUGAAUUCCAGACUAAAUAUGGAGGAUUCUGGAUUCUCCAGUCAGGACACGUCCGAAACCGAGGACACCAAGUGCCUGGAUAUUUUUCACUUGAAUCUAGAUAUAACGUCGCAUCAGGACUGGAUCGAGCCCAUGAAGAUAGCGUCCAGUUUGUUCGUCGAGUUAUCCACGUUCCCGAAAUACUUUCUGCCUGGUGACAAUGUGCUCGUGGAGGAAGAACCCAAGUUCAAGCACGCUCUUCCGGAGUGGUUGAUAGUGUUGAUAGUCUGCUCCUGCUGGUUACAAAAGCAGCCGGCGUUACAAUUAACAAGCAUUGCCACGCUGUUAGAUUUGAUAGCAUUGUUAAAAGCGCACAGUGAUAUCGAAACGCACCCCAAAAGUGGGGAGGGAGUGACAGCGGUGAUCAUGGUGCCCUUGCUGAAACAAUGGCACAUGACUUAUUUGAUGCAGUGCACUAAUGUAUUUCAGGUAUUGGCACAUUCCUUGUGGCAUCAUUUGGGCGAGCUUCCCGCCCACAAAUUCAGGAUACGCUGCGUAGAAUUAUUGCACGAAUUGCAUCACGCCUUAUACAGUUCUUGCAAUGCGGUUGAGAAUCUAAUAGGUUCCGCGCUGACCUGUCAGAAUCCUGAAAAGAGAAUCGAAGCAUUUGGUAGAUUCGCUACUUUGUGGCACUUGGGACGAGAGAUCGAAAUGAAUCCGAGAUUACGCGGUUGUCUCAAAACUUUUGAUCAGUCCUUGCUAAAAAUAUUGGACAAUCUUCAGCUUGAGGACAAUUCACCGUUAAAAUUGCAAGCCCAAUCGUGGCUGCUACAUUCCCUGGUGCGUGGCGACAUAUCGCGCGUGAUAGAUCCCUUGUUGACAAUACUUUUGGACCCAUCCACGUGCCGCAUGAGCGUGCUCCAUGUGAGCAUACAGCACAGCAAUACCGUUUUAACGAAGAACGAUCCUGUGGAGGAGAAGUCGGAGAUUCAAGACGAUACCGAAGGCGCUGCGAAAAUUUACGCGAUUAGUUCAGUCGACGGUAACGUGAUAUAUCACGUGAGCGAUAACGUGAACGAAGAUAAAAAGUGGAAAAAGGGCCAGAAGAAGAAGCAGGCGAUAAAUCCAGUGAAAAUCAAACGGAUUUUUGCCGUGACGACGUUAGCGACUCGUGACAAUUGUAAUCAUUACGUCACCGAGAGGAAUCAGUUUAUGAAGGAACUCGAGGUGCCACCUAGCAUAUCCGGCAACAGAAAAAUUUCGGUGUUCGUGAAUCCUCUCUCGAUCAAUUGUAACGAGAACUCGAACGAUUCCCUGACAGAGGACGACUCGCCGCCGAAUACACGCAAGACAAAUCUGACAACGGAAUUAUUGAGAAACGCCACCCGCUUCAAGAAACUCGAUUUUGAUAAAGGCUCCACUGUCAGCCUGGACGAGAGCCUUUUCGAAUCGGCGAACUCCAGUUUAAAAACAAAAGACAAGAACAGCUUCAAGAAGCUGAAUGACGACGUAGGCUCCUCCUUGGACUCUAUAACGAACAGCUUGGACUCGAGCAGUCCCGAGGUGACUAGCAAACAGUCGAAACAAAAGAAGGAAUCGGUUAUAAUGCCGGGCGGAUCUCGGGAAGUGGCAGGCACUAUUAUGAAGGGCAGAUAUUACAGCACGAACGAGUUCAGCGCAAAUUACGAUCACGAUAUCGGCAGUUUUGAAGCGAGUGCGGAGGUGCCCAGUUGGACGAUGGAUGACGACGAUGGUGACCUGGACGUCAGCACUACUGCGGAGGAGUACUUCAGCAAUUCCAGCAGCGCCAGUAUAGUUGAGGAGAUUUUAAACGAGGUCCUCGAUCGUGCGAUGCAACUUUGUGAUGUCGCUGAACCGCCUAAAACUGAUGAAGUUCUCCAGCAUAACGCGAAAGCUAAGCGGAAUAUCGGUCUAGGCGUCCACAAUCUUCAUUCGCACAUGCUGCUCUAUUGUGGAGUCUACGACUCGGCUAGAACUCUCUACGCUCUACGUACACUGAGAAACGAGCUGUUAACAAAUACGCGGAUGUUUUUGUGUUCAGCGGCGACGACUGGCGUGACGAACGCAACAAAAAAUACAGUCCUGUUGAAUUUACUGGCGCGACACAGGAAAAGCGUCUUCGGAAGGAACUUCCACGGCGAUAUAGCUAAUACGGAAUUCGCAGCGGCUUACAGAAGUAGCAUGUAUUUAGAAGUGCUAAUAAGCAUAUGUUUGUACUUUGCGCGGAGUUACUAUCCAAAUCUUGGGCAGAUGAGACUUACGUACGAUGAGAUUGCGGGUAAUCGUCAGGUACAACUUGCAAGUGCAGAAUUAUUAACGCUGAUAUUUUCCGAGCUAAUCCCAAUCGUUCGCGACUCUGGGAAGGGUUUUAGUUGCUACAUAGUUGACUUAUUGACUAAAUGUAAAGUGCAAAAAGUCGCUUUGCACUGUCUUGUGUCCAGCGUUAUGAGCAUGAAGAACGCUCACAAGGAGAACGAGGAUGUUUUUACAUUUACCGAAGAAAUUGUAUUAUUUAACGACCCGUUCGUUGACAGUGAUGUUAACAAAUGUAAAUAUAGAGCGAGUGAUCAUACAGAAGCUUUCCAGAUACAAUUACUACGACUACUGCUAGCAUUGAUUAUGCUGGAACAUCAGUGUAACAGCCAGAAGGGAGAAGAGACCAAUCCAACAGCAUCAUCCAUACCGAAUUCGCCGACACGGACCGUGCCGAAUUUAAUCGGAAACAGCCUGAAAUAUAUUCCCGGAGCGUCAAUUUCGCAGCAACCGAUGUUUCUUGCUAGUAUCCUUAGUGCAUUGCAACUGGAUCAUAUGAGGCAUCUUCAUCAACAUUGGACGACUCUUGUUACGUCCAGCUUGCCGUUUAUGGGAUCAUCCUUGACGUCCGUAGUAACUUCGGUCAUUCAUCAGCUGUGCAGCAAUAUUGAACACCUUGCGUCGUAUUAUAUCAGCGAAGAGCCGGCAUUGACAAAUAAGUUGCACGAUAUAAGCACGGUAGAAUGUUGUUUGCCUGCGGAUUACACAGUAACGCAUUUGGAGGCUUUGACGUUUUUGCUGCAUUACUGCCUGCUGGAUACUUCCCAACAAAUUGGAUUCUCGUUUAAUCAGCCACUAAGUGGCACGAUACAAACCGGGAUUUCCGGUGCUAAUCCCGGCCAGAUAUUCAACAAUCUUAUACAUGUUUUUAUGCCCAGCCCGCUUUCUCCGGACCUAUCAACGGGGAAGGAUAAAACUGGUGCGACUGAGUUGCAACAACAUGCCAGAAGAACUGCAUUAAGCCAUCUGCCAAGAAUAAUAGCAUCCUUGUCCGCUUUGUGGCAAGCGGUUCUAGCAAUAAAAGACAAUGAACAAGCCAGUUGCGUGGUUGGUAAUCCGAGAAUAGUCAAGUACCAAUUGUUGGAACUUUUAUCUCCCAUCUCUUUUCAUCAUGGAGCGAACUUUUUGGCUGCAGUCGCAGUUGCUUGGCAUGAAAGACGUCAACCGUCUAGUGUUUCAAAAAAGAUACUCCCAGAAGCCUGCCCUAAUCAGCAAGUAAUGGUCGAUUUGGUUAGCGCUAUCCGUGUUAUGCCGAUCGACACCUUGGUGCACACCGUGCAUCAGGUAGUAAAAACACCACCGCCGAUACACGGAGUCAAGCAAGAUUUCUCACUGGAAGUUUCUGUGCUUGAAUUACUUUACGUGUACAUGCAAAGCAACACGUCGCAGUCGCUUAUCGAGUCCUGGGCUUCCUUGCUCACUUUACUGAAGGACGGUCUGUCCUUAACAGCACCGGCUCAAUUUCUCUUGUUAGCUAUAUUGAAUGAAUACGUGCAAAAGUGUCCACCCAUGCAGGAGAAGAAAGAUAUCAAGGACUUGCAAGAUGUAUCCGCAAAGCUGAUCGAGUCGUGUUCACAAAUAGCUGGCGCAUGUCUGGAGCAAACGACAUGGCUGAGGAGAAACCUGGCUGUCCGGGAAGACGUUUUCGAAGUGGUAGAAGGUUCUUCGGAAGGUAAAGAAGGAAAAAAUGGUGCUGGAACACCUGGAACUCCACCUAACGCAGCGUAUAGCGUUCAAGCACAAGCGGUAUUAGCGGAAAUACUCGCGCCACUGUUGGACGUUAGCUACGGUUCGCAAGAGAAGGAACGUGUGGUGACGCUGCUGACAAAUCUUAUGUACAACGUUACACCUUACCUGAAAAAUCACACGAUAAAAAAUAUCGCCUCAUUCACUGCUUGUUCUCAGUUAUUGGCUUCCUUGUCAGGAUACCAAUACACGAGAAAAGCAUGGCGCAAGGAUGUUUUAGAUCUACUGUUGGACUCAGCCUUUUUUCAAAUGAUACCGGCGUGUCUACCGUACUGGAGAACCAUAAUAGAUAAUCUAAUGACUCAUGACAAUACUACCUUCAGGGAUUUAAUGAAUCGUGUUUCCAUGGCCCAAGGUAGCGGGAUCAGCAUAUUCUCUUCGAAGGAGCAAGAGUAUGAACAGAAGGCGCAACUCUUAAAGCGACUGGCAUUCGUCAUUCUUUGCAGCGAAACGGAUCAGUAUCACAAGUACAUGCCGGAGAUACAAGAACGAUUGGCAGACAGUUUACGCUUACCUCAAGUAAUUCCAUCUAUCCAAGCGCAAGUGUUUCUAUGCUUUCGUGUGUUGUUAUUAAGAAUGUCACCGCAACACGCGACGUCUUUAUGGCCGGUCAUAGUUAGUGAACUGGUUCAAGUUUUUCUGUAUAUUGAACAGGAAUUGAGUACAGAUAGCGAAGAAUUCAGCAGUCGUCAAAGCAGUUCGCAUAUUAAACUACUGUCAGCUCUGGAUUCAUCAUGGGCUGUUAACACCAGCAAUGGACUUCAGGCGCAUGGACAUCCUCAUUGGUUACAGUUGCAAUUAGCUGCCGCGAAGCUACUAGACCUGGCGUUAUUGUUGCCCGCGCAUAGACUACCGCAGUUUCAGAUGUAUAAAUGGGCAUUCGUCGGAGAUGCAGCGGCGGGAUGCAUGGACAACAAUAACUUGUCUUCAGAUUUUGUACCGCAUAUUACGAGAAUAGCGAAAUUAAUGGACAAUAAGUUUCCACCAAUAAGUUCAUCGGUUAAGAGGAAUCCGGGAGAACUUCUGCUAACAUCAAAUAGCGUUCGUUCUCUGCAAGAUCUGCAUUAUUUUUUCUCGGAUCUUAGCCGCGCGAUGUGCAAUACGCAUGUACCAAUAAAUAACAUGCAGUUAGAAACGGUUAUUGAGCAAGAUUUCCUUGAGAAAAUGCCAGCCGUGCUAACAAGAUAGUAAAGACGCUUACAGGUAAUCAAUGAAUAAAUAAUUGUUAAAUAAAAAACGUAUAAGAAAGGUCAUCAUUAAAAUAUCUUAUUCUUUCAUAUAUUUAUAAAAAGAAGUAUGUAAGGUAUCUCGAAUCUUUCGUACCUAAAUAUUGUAAGUAAAUGCUAUAUUUUAAUCUGAUUGUAAAUUUCGUAUAAUGUAGAAUGUAGAUAUCAAAAAUACGCUAUUUUUGGUUUCUACUAUUAAACUCUAGACGCGCGCACACGCGCACACACAUUUAAAUAUUCGGAUUGAACACUCGCUUUAAACAAAAAAAAAAGAUUUACUCUAUACUCGACAUAAUGUUAAUAUUGAAUGGAAUAUCAUAAAGAAAUAUAAUAUAAUAAGCUUAAGAGACAUAUUUGAAUAUGUCUUGACUGUGUAUAAGACUCACAUGUGAGACAAAAGUACAUAUGUAUAUGUCACAAAUUGUUAAUUCUUUGUGGACAAGUUCAUUAUAAAUGAAAUAAAAAGUUUCUUUUAUAGUUAUAGAAGAGCAGAGAAGUAAAUCUCGAACAUGUAAGAUAUUCAAUAGUUUUUGUAACGAUUUGAUUAAUUAAGCUGUUAAAUUGUCUCCUUAUUCGGUUGUGAAUAAUUACCAGUGUACAUGAAUAGCAAGCUAAAUUUAUGACUUUGACUUGCUAGUGUAAACUUGUAUAGAGUCCUGGUUAGUGCAUAAUAUAAUAUCUCUAAGUUAGUCUUCCCGUUAUUUUUUGAUGAACACUUAUCAUGUUUUCGAUGGUUUCUAUCUCAACUUUUUCAGCCUUACACGUUAUAAUAUUCACAUUUAUAUUAUCUCUGAAACUGAUAAAUUAUAUAUUACAUUACGAAAUUUUUUUAUAGAACAAAAUACUUUGAACAAAAAUUUUGUUCUAUUAAAAAAAAGAAUAAAAUAUUUUGUUAAAUGAAAAAUAGAUUAUAAAAAUAAUAAUAAUAAAAAAUUCAAUGAACGUUCUAUUUCUAAUACGAAAUACUAUAGUUUGCGAUAUCCGUUUGGAUAUUAAUUAUAGGACGUGAAUGUUUAUGCGAUUUUAUUGUGAAAUCUUGGAAGAACUAAGACGUAUUAAAGUUUUUUAACAAUGUG